UGCCCCCGCCCCAAAGAGCGGCUCUGAGCAGUUGGGGACAAGGCACCCCAGAGGUCGAGCACAGGAGCAGCCGUCGUGUGGCGGGGGCUGGAGGGCCACCUUGCACCCCACUCUGGUCUGAACCCCAGCCCGGGAGGCGGGGGCCGUGGUGGAGCGCGCCUUGUUAGAGGGUCCUCCUGAGUGACCUGCAGCCCCGCACUCUGCGCCGCCAGGGAGGCCAGCAGCAAGGCUCGGACCCUCGCCCUCCCACCGGCCCUUCCAGUUUCUGUCGGUCGGAGCCCUAAGCCCUGCCGCUGCGGCCCCUCCCCUGCGGGACCCUGGGUUCGGCGUGGUGACCCCCGGGAGCAUGGAGCCCUUCCUCAGGAAGCGGCUGACCUUCUUGUCCUUCUUCUGGGACAAGAUCUGGCCGGUGGCCGCGCCGGACGGCGGCGUCCCGGGGUUUCCCGACCCUGCGGCCAGCGCUGAGCCGGCGCCCUCCGCCACAGAGCCCUGCGGCGCCCCCGCACCCGCGCAGCUCUUCCGGGCGCUCUACGACUUCACCGCCCGGUGCUCCGCGGAGCUGAGUGUCAGCCGCGGGGACAGGCUCUACGCCCUCAAGGAGGAGGGCGACUACAUUUUUGCCCGCAGGCUCUCUGGCCCGCCCAGUACUGGGCUGGUACCCAUCACCCACCUGGCCAAGGCCACCCCGGAGUCUCUCUCAGACUACCCCUGGUACUUCAGCGACAUCAGCCGCGCCCAGGCCCAGCAGCUGCUCUUGUCCACGGCCAACGCGCCGGGCGCCUUCCUCAUUCGGCCCAGCGAGAGCAGCCACGGGGACUACACGCUAUCAGUCCGGGCCCAGGCCACCGUUCACCACUACCGCAUCGCCACGGCGGCCGACGGUCUCUACCUGCAGAAGAGCCAGCUCUUCCCCAGCCUGCAGGAGCUGCUCGCCUACUACAAGGCCAACUGGAAGCUGAUCCGGAACCCGCUGCUGCAGCCCUGUGUGCCCCAGGUGGGCCAGCCGCCCGGCCACAGCUCCUGCCCAGCGGCCCAGCCCGUGUCCAGCUGUGGAGCAGCAGGCAAAGGCCCGGAGUGCCCCACGCCCCUGCGGAAGCUCCCCCAGCAGGACAAGUGGGAGCGGCCUCGCUCCGAGUUUGCCCUUCGGAGGAAGCUGGGUGAAGGCUACUUUGGGGAGGUGUGGGAAGGCCUGUGGCUGGGCUCCACGCCAGUGGCGGUCAAGGUCAUUAAGUCAGCCUACAUGAAGCUCGCAGACCUCAGCAAGGAGAUCCAGACGCUGAAGAGCCUGCGACACGAGCGUCUCAUUCGGCUGCAUGCCGUGUGCUCCGCGGGCCGGCCCGUGUACAUCGUCACUGAGCUCAUGCGCAAGGGCAAUCUGCAGGCCUUCCUGGGGAGCCCUGAGGGGCGGGCCCUGGGCCUGCCUCUCCUGCUGAGCUUCGCCUGCCAGGUGGCCGAGGGCAUGAGCUACCUGGAGGAGCGGCGCAUCGUACACCGCGACCUGGCGGCCAGGAACGUGCUCGUGGGCGACGACCUGGCAUGCAAGGUGGCUGACUUUGGCCUGGCCCGGCUGCUCAAGGAUGACGUCUACUCCCCAAGCAGUGGCUCCAAGAUCCCUGUCAAGUGGACGGCGCCCGAGGCGGCCACCUACCACAUCUACUCCCCGAAGUCGGACGUCUGGUCCUUCGGUGUUCUCCUCUAUGAGGUCUUCACCUAUGGCCAGUGUCCCUAUGAAGGGCUGAGCAACCAUGAGACCCUGCAGCAGGUCACUCGAGGGUACCGGCUGCCGUGCCCGGCCUCCUGCCCCGCGGAGGUCUACACGCUCAUGCUGGAGUGCUGGAGGGACAGCCCCGAGGAGCGGCCGACCUUCCCUGCGCUGCAGGAGAGGCUGAAUGCGGCCCACAGGCGCCUCGCCCCCGCCCGCACAUGACCCGGGGCGCCGGACACGGGGCUGGGGCCAUGCCUCCCUGCCCGGCGUGUCCCCCUAGGACGGUGCUGGCUGCUGACACAUCUAGGGGCGCCGGUGGCCUGGAACUGGCUCUGGCUGUGGGCCUCACACCCUGACACGCGUGUGGGGCUGAUGUCUUUUGCUCCUGGACCUGGUGUUGCCGUCGAGGGAAGAUGGUGGCAUAGCAGUCGGGGUGAAGCCUGAAUGUGCUCUGGCCUCGGGGAUUUGCUGGACACAGAAGCCCUGAGCCUGGUCCACGGCCCCCUGCCCACACCUGCUGCCCCGGGCAGCCCCAACGCCCCCCAGGGUCAAGAGCCUGAGGCAGGGCUCCCCGGUUUUCUGCAAAGUCCCCCCGUGGCCGAUGCUGGGCUCCCAGGCAGACCCCGGGGUGGGGCUCGUGCAGCACGUGCUGGGCACACUGGCUGCCUGUGUACAGACCCUCAUGCUCAAUAAACACGCGGUG